AAUCUGAAUCUCAUUAUUAAUGAUUUCGAGAGGCGAACGCCAGAGAGAGGGAUCUCAUUUCUCACUCUUUGCCCCCCCCCCUCUCUCUCUGUGCGCGAAAGGGCUUCCAGUGUUUGUGGCAUCGACACCAGUGGCUGAGUGAAAGGACAAGUUUUGAGGACCCUUUUAGUUUGAUGAUGGCAAGUAACGAAAAUCUCCCGCCGAAUGUUGUCAAGCAACUCGCAAGGGAACUUAAGAAUCUCGAUGAAUCCCCUCCCGAUGGCAUCAAAGUCGUGGUAAAUGAUGAAGAUUUUUCAACAAUAUACGCUGAUAUUGAAGGACCAGCGGGGACUCCGUAUGAGAACGGUGUUUUCCGUAUGAAGUUGGCCUUGUCGUACGACUUUCCUCAUUCCCCUCCUAAAGGCUACUUCUUAACGAAGAUUUUCCAUCCUAAUAUUGCAACCAACGGAGAGAUUUGUGUUAACACUCUGAAAAAAGAUUGGAAUCCCAGUCUUGGAUUAAGACAUGUUCUCACUGUUGUGAGGUGCUUACUGAUCGAGCCAUUUCCGGAGUCUGCAUUAAAUGAACAGGCUGGCAAGAUGCUGCUUGAAAACUAUGAUGAAUAUGCAAAACAUGCUCGGCUUUACACAGGUAUCCAUGCCAAACCAAAACCUAAGUUCAGGACAGGGGCUAUAUCAGAAUCUACGGCUGCUCUAAAUGUUGACCAGACAAAUACAAUGGUUGAUCAGAACAACGAGAUGCCCAAUGCUGCUAACCUGGUACCCACUUCAACAACAGACGUCAAACGAGGACCAACAAGCGGCCAGGACCAGCAAAUGGCUAAUGCUGUCACAGCAGCUACUUCAGGAUCGGUAAGUGUAGCGGGGAAAGGGGUCGGUAUGCAGAGAAAGGAAGCGGGUUUGGCAAAGGUUCAGGCAGAGAAGAAGAAGGUAGAUGCCCGAAAGAAGAGCUUGAAGAGAUUAUGACAAUAUCGUUAGUAUCUCAUCUCAUCCCCCAAACUGUUGUUUCGAUUUCGUAAGAGUCUCUAUAUUGUCUGUAACGAUUACUCUCUCAUCCACGGGGAAAUAAAGAUGAUCAAUGGAAGCAUCACGUUUUACC